UUUUUCUGUUUUUCAGAAUCAGAAGAUAAACCCUGUAAGAACCAUAGUUGAACGAGCAACAUGCUUCUUCUCCCAAACCAAUAAGCGGUCACAAUUCCAUGGCCGCCGUUAUUCUCCGUCCCGCCGCGACACUCUCCGCCGCUUCCGCCUCCGCAUUUCUCUCUGCCAGCAACCCAAUCUCAUCUCUUUCUGUAAUAAAACCCAACCACAAAUUCAAGCCCGCAUUUUUCCUUUCAAACGCCUCACUCUCAAUCCAAGAGCCCCUCCUCAGCUCCGACCCACUCAUUAACUCUUCUAUCUCAACACACCCUGAGCAGCGCGCCGUCGAUUAUGCCGAUUUUCUUAAGCUCUCCGUCCGCUCUGGCGACGUUGGGCUUACUAGAGUCGUCCACGCCAUGGUUCUCAAGCUUGAAGAGGACACCCGGUUGUCCAAUGCUCUUAUUUCCGCAUAUCUGAAACUGGGUCUUGUAGAUUAUGCUCUCGCCGUGUUUGAUUCUCUUUCCUCCCCGGAUAUAAAAUCAUACACGGCCAUCAUAUCGGGUUUUGCGAAAAUCAACCGUGAAAUUGAAGCCGUGGAGCUCUUCUUUGAGAUGAGAGACUCAGGUAUUGAACCCAAUGAGUAUAGCUUUGUCGCUUUGUUGACUGCUUGCAUUCGUUCACAGAAUUUAGAAUUGGGGUUUCAAGUUCACGCUUUGAUGAUCAAAUUGGGGUAUUUGGAUUCCACUUAUGUUGUCAAUGCCCUUAUGGGACUGUAUAGUAAAUGUGGCAGUUUAGAUUUUGUUAUUGAAUUGUUUGACAAUUUGCCUAAACGUGACAUUGCUUCGUGGAAUACUAUGAUUUCUGGUAUGGUUAAGGAGUCCAUGUUUACUAGAGCUUUUGAAUUGUUUAAUGAUAUGCAGAGAAAUGAUUGUUUAAGAAUUGACUAUAUUACACUCUCCACUCUUUUGAAUGCAUGCUCUGAGUGUUUUAUGAGGAGAGGUCAAGAACUUCAUGCCCAUGCUCUUAGAAUCGGGUACGAAAGCAAUUUGAGUGUGAACAAUGCGCUUAUUAAAUUCUAUACGAGGUGUGGAAGCAUAAAGAGCGUGAUGGCUUUGUUUGAGAGGAUGCUGGUGCGGGAUGCCUUUACCUGGAAUGAAAUGAUCACAGCGUAUAUGGAAUCUGGUCUUGUUGAUUUGGCUAAGGAACUUUUCGAUCACUUGCCCGAGAAGAAUGCAGUUUUAUAUAAUGCUGUUUUAGCCGGAUUUUGUCAAAAUGGUGAAGGCUUGAAAGCAAUGGCCUUUUUUUAUAGAAUGAUCAAGGAAAGCAUAGAGUUUUCUGAUUUUACCUUGACUAGUAUUGCGAAUGCAUGUGGGUUGUUGAUGGAAAGAAAGUCGAGUAAACAGAUUCACGGGUUUAUUCUCAAGUCUGGCUGUGAGCCAAAUGAUUGUAUCGAGGCUGCAUUGCUUGACAUGUGCACUCGGUGUGGGAGAAUGGAGGAUGCUGAAAAGAUAUUCCACAGAAUGCCACUGGGCCACGGUAGAUUGGUUGCAUUGACAUCUAUGCUACGUGGAUAUGCUCAGAACGGGCAGCCAGAAAACGCAAUUUCUCUAUUUUUUGAAACGCAGUUAGAAGGACUAGUAGUCGUGGAUGAAGUUGCAACAGCUACUGUUCUUGGCGUUUGUGGGACUUUAGGGUUACUUAAGUUAGGGGAAAAUCUCCAUUGCCUUGCCUUGAAACAUGGUUUUCUGUCUGACGUGGUCGUUGGGAAUGCUGUAAUUAGCAUGUAUGCCAAGUGUGGUGAAUUGGACAAUGCAGUUAAGGCCUUCGAGCUUAUGUCAUCCCGUGAUUUAUGUUCAUGGAAUAGUUUGUUAGCUGGUUAUGUCCUUCAUAGGCGGGGAGAUGAAGCUUUGGAUACAUGGUCAAGGAUGGAAAGACUAGGAAUAGUGCCAGACUCCUUUACCUGUCUCCAUAUACUUUCAGCAUAUAGACACACUACAAAAAAUGUAGUUAAUCGCUGCCAAAGCUUCUUUUUCUCAAUGCAGUCUGCAUAUGGUGUUUUGCCCGCCUCAGAUCACUAUGCCUGCUUGGUAAGCGUAUUAGGUUACUGGGGUCUGCUCGAGGAAGCAGAGGAAACAAUCAAUACAAUGCCUUUCGAGCCAAAGUCUUCUGUUUGGCGGGCUUUGCUUGAUAGUUGCAUAAUGCAUUUGAAUUCCUCCAUCGGGAAGAGGGUCAUCAAGAAAAUACUAUCCAUGGAGCCACAGGAUCCAUCAACAUUCAUACUAAAAUCAAAUCUUUAUUCAGCAUCCGGAAGAUGGCAGUGCUCGGAGCUUGUGAGGGCAGAGAUGAAGGAGAAGGGGUUCCAGAAAAUCCCGGGCCAAAGUUGGGUCAUCUGUCAGCAUAAAUUCCACUCGUUUUUUGCCAGAGACACAUCGCAUUUGCAGUCUAAAGACAUCUACAGCGCACUGGACAUACUAAUCCUGGAAUGCAUGAAAGCGGGAUAUGUGCCCGAUACAAGCUAUGUUCUUCAUGAAGUUGAAGAGUAUCAGAAGAAGGAUUUCUUGUUCCAUCACAGCGCAAAAUUGGCACUCACAUACGGCCUUCUAAUGACCAAACAUGGGAAACCCGUUCGCGUUAUGAAGAACAUUCUUCUAUGUGGUGACUGUCAUACAUUCUUCAAGUCUGCUUCCAUUGUCACAAAGAGAGAGAUACAUGUUAGAGAUACUUCAGGUUUUCACUGUUUCUUGAACGGUAAAUGCUCUUGCAACGAUCGCUGGUGAGACAGAUCAGGUUGUGGUUGGGAAAAGGGCAUCGGAGACAUGGAGAGUGCACUUCUCCUUCCCCACACAAGCCGAUUGAAUCACUGCUAUGGUGUUGGUGGCAUCACAAUGGCUUGUUUCAAAGGAUCCACAACUGCCUUUUGGUUCACCAAAGCUAGCAAAGUUGAUCUUUGAGAUU